CUGGUAGAAAUUCAAUAAUUCUCAUUAUUUCAACAUAAUUUAAAAAAUAAGGAUUUAUUUACAUCUAUAUUAAUUAGUAGGUUACGCGGAUAUUUAUGCAAAUUCAAAUUUUUGUUUCGACUUCUAAAUUUUAUAAUGAAUGCUUCUUCUUCAAUAUUUAUGCACAUUGUAAUAUGCAACUGUACAUUUUUGUACAUUUAAAUUUCCUAUAAAUAUGUAAAUAUCCAUGGUCUACUAAUUGGAAAAUGCAAAGGUAUGGUAACUCGCUAGAAAUCUUAAGAAGUUAUUCCAAAUUAUCAUUAAUAUCCAUAUUUUGAUAAAAAUAAUUUUAGUAACAAAUAAACUUUCGACUUAUCCUUAUUUACUUUUGAUUUAAUAAACAUUGUUAUCUUGAUAAUCGUUAAUUUACUAAACCUUUAAAUUAAUUAAAUCCUUGUAAUUUGCAUGUUAUUAAUACCACCCUAACAAUUAAUAAUCUUAUCAGUUCUCCAUUUUUGCUAAUUUUAUUUAAAAUUCUACGCAGGCAUUGCCAAACGUCGAUUACCAGUUCGUUUACGUGAGCAAAGAAAUAGAAAUCCUGGGCACCAGCUCAUAUUUCCGUUUCAUCGUCAUCCCGAAUCUUCGUGCCAUCGAUCGAAACUCAAAUACGUCGGAUGUAAGUCGCAUGCUGUAAUGGCAAAUUCGCAAUUUCCGCUCGGUUGGUGGAGACGCAUCCCAUUGCUAAGAAUCGAACGGAAUUUUCAGCGUGGCGUCGACAACGUUCAUGACGCGCAUGAUGGUCAUCCGCCAUUGAUCGUGUCACCGACAACAAGCAACGUGGGGAAAAUACUUAGAUCUAGCAAAUCGAUCGACAACUUUCUCGAAUCUCAUCGAACGUGUCGGUCGUUUGCCGAACACAGCCAGAGAACGUGUCGAUUCUGUUCGAAAUCGGUGUCAUUUACAACAAACAGGGUGAGACAAUGGUCAUUGUUUAUACCUUUGUUUCUGACGUCGUUUCAUUUAGUAUUAUCAUUUCGUUAAAUCCCGUUAUUCAAGAGAAAUAGGACAAGACAUUGAUCACACUUUAAACCUUCGUUUCUCAAAUUCUUUUAUUUGGUAUUUUUAUUCUGUUAAAUUCGUAUCAUUAACAAUGAUCGUAUUUUGAACGUUUAUUUCUUAAAUUCUCUGAUUUAGCAUUUUUAUUUUAUUACCUAUACUUGGUACGUAAUUGCAUCAAAAUAUAAUGCAUCUCGAGGUUUAGUUUCGUUGGAAAUUGAACAAAUAUACACUGAGAAUUAUACAGCUAGAAGUAUUGAAACAAUUCGAUAUAGGAAAUUGAAACUUUGACAAGGUUUCGGUUCUCGAAGCUGAGUUAAUGGAAUCGUAAUCGUCAGAACAAUGUUUCGACAUUACCAGGUUCAGUUUCUGAUGUUGCAUAAUGAGCAGCUAGUAGCAAGGAUGAGCCGUCUGACACGUGAUUUGGAGUUAACGGAAGCGGCUGUAAAAAGUGAAAAAAUGGCACAGGCAGUGUUGACAAGGAGGUUGCAGGCUUACGAGACGUUCGUCGCGGAUAUGUUCAAGUGCUUAAAUCUGAGAGGAACCGUGAGGAUCCUGGAUAAAACGGGUCAAGAGAUCAUCGUACAAAAAGUAAAACCAAAGAACUCACCACCGAUGCGCGACGAGACAGGUGACAAACCUGUCCCUAUUCUGGAAGUCUCAAUGUUGAAUCAAUCUUCUGAACUUAAAGAAUGCAACGAUGGUUCAACGACGAACAUAAAUGAGAUGGAGAGAGUUCCUCGAGUAUCGAAUUUAUGCGAAACAGGGAAGAACGAAGAACGCGUAACUCCCAAAUAUUUCAAAGACGAUGAAUUCUCUGUGAAAAAAGAACUGAAUGAGAACGAGAAAAAUUUUGAAAUUACUUUAUCCGUGGAAGAGGGACAGCCUCAGUUCGAUAAGGAAAUCUUGAUAUCGGAGGCACCGAUUAACAAAGAUCGUGAGGAACAAUGCGGUUCUUACGUAACGAAAGAGGCCACGGGCACAACAAACCAACGAGGAGAUGAAAUAUGCACAGUCAACUGUAAGAUCGAACAGCCUAACGGUGUCGAGGACAAAUCGGAAGACGGACAAAAUAUUGUCUAUGACGAUAAGAAAAUCGUGAAAGAGCUCGAUUCCUUGAUAACCGGAGAUUCUUCAAAAUGCUGUUGUGACUGUCAUUUGAACAUGUCAAAAACGUGUAGCUCGAACAAGAGGUUUGAUAAGGGUAAUGUAAAUGGUAUGGUAUAUGAGUAAUGUUUAUUAUACGUAUAUUGACAAUGAUAUUGUAUGAAUUUUCAUUUUAUUGAUUUGUCUUUUUAAAGAAUGGGCGCUUCAAUGUGAAUGUGACUUGAAAGUGUCGGAUGGGAUGUAUCAGAUGAUUGAUAAUUACGCGGAGAACCAGUGCACUACGAGGGAAGCGAUGAAGAGUGGUUUGUCCGCGAUUCUGAUUAAGGGUAGAAAUACG